CUCAUCAGUAGAGUGAGUUAAUUAAAUUUUUGAACGAUUGAAAAUCAAAUCAUUAUUUUAAACGCUCAACUGGAGUCAUCAUAUCGGAAUGGGAUACUAGUCUCAGCUCAUUGAAAUUGUUUCAGAAGAAGAAAAAGAAGUCUUGGACCAAAAGAGAGUAAUGGCAGGUUGUCGCUGGCGUCGAGUUUGCAUCUGCUUGGGGAGCUUGUGCAUCAGCUUGGUCCUGUUGUUCAUCUACAUUGCUUUCACGGUGUGUUCAAACAUCAAUAGUACAGGCAUAAAAGGUACACAAGGUACUCAAAAAAGUAUUCACUUUGUGGCCUCUGGAAGUUAUAAAACGACAAAUUAUGCCUCUCUGCCGACAACUUUCUGGAAGGAAAAUGAAGAAGCUUUUUGGAACCAACUCCAGUUGAAGCUGGACCGCCAUUUUAACCCCAUCUUGGAUGCCCAAAAUGCCCGGCAGGUCAUUCAUGAAAAGGAUUUUUAUGAUUCCAUUCUGACACGUAGCUUUUUGGAGGUUACAGCCUCGGAUUCAAUGAAGAGAAAAUUUGAGCAGCUACCGGAGCAAAUGCAAGACUUUGUAAGCCACAUGAAACAGCGGGACUACCCCAUCAUCCUCCAGCCUCCUAGUGGAACCUGUGGAGCAGGAGAACCCGAUGAGAAAAUGGCACCGCUGGUUCUCCUCGCUAUUAAGUCAAGCGAAAAGAACUUUGAGAACCGUCAGGCUAUCCGACAGACCUGGGGUAAAGCGGGCUGGGUGGCCACUCACAGGAGGAACAGCACUGAAAAACGCGAAGUUGGAGGUUACAUCCGCCGGGUAUUCCUGAUCGGCAAAGACAAAAAAAUGAAAAGGUCAAACGACGAAAAGCUAUCCAUGCUGUCGAUGGAACGUGGAAUAUACCACGAUAUUCUACAGUGGGACUUCAACGACACGUUUUUCAACCUGACCCUGAAGGAUGUUCUCUUCUGGAAGUGGUUUUCAAACUACUGCAGCAACACUCGCUUUGUCUUCAAGGGUGACGACGACAUUUUUGUCAACAUACCAAACAUGAUUACAUACCUCCAGGACCAGCUGCUGGUGCAACACUCAGAACGCAACAUGAAUGACUUCAUGGUCGGCGACGUUAUCAAUGCUGCGUUUCCCAACAGACUUGAUGAGUCGAAGUACUUUGUGCCAGAGACCUUCUUCACAGGACUCUAUCCCGCCUAUGCAGGAGGUGGAGGUGUGGUGUACUCAGGCCAUCUUGCCAAACGUCUCAAUCAGAUUUCCUCAAGUCUCCACCUCUUCCCUAUCGAUGAUGUUUUUGUUGGGAUGUGCAUGGCUCGGCUAAACGCAAACCCUAUUCACCAUCCGGGCUUCCUCACGUUUGACUUCCCCGACAAGGAGGAGCAAGAACCUUGCGCAUACCAUACCAUCUUUUUGGUCCAUAAACGAAGCCCAAAGCAAAUAAUUGAACUCUCGGCCAAUGUGACAAAGACACUGAAACAGUGUUGGAAUGAGCCACUAAGGAGCUCUGACAAGAAAAAAAAAGGAAAAAGAAAAAAGUUUUGACUUGUUUUUUAUUGAUCUGGACUACUACUGCACAGAAAUCUUUUCGGCCGAUGCCGAUACUGUACCGAUACCACAUUUUUUGGAAAAUAUAUACAAUUUGUUGUUAUCUUUUAAUACUAGAUUAAUGCAUACUCACUUGAAUGCAAAGUACCUUAUUGGCCCAAAUAUAAGACGGUGUUUUUUGCAUUCAAAUAAGAUUGAAAAAGAGGGGGUCGUUUUAUAUUCACGGCGCUAGAUGGCGCCAGAUAUCAUUGAAGCGAUGUUCUGUCAUGACAGAUCUUAGCUACUCUCAAGUUUAACCAGUUUGCAUUAUUUUAUUGCAAUGGUUUUCCUUAUUCAGAUUUGUAUUAAGACUACAGUUACAGUUAGACUUCACUUUAAUGGUGUUACGUGCCAAGGGCGGCUCGCGAAGGGCGUAACAUAAAACAAGCCACACAAAUGUACGAGUGGACACAAAUUUAUUUACACACAAUCAAACUCGCAAUGAAUAUGUACAGAAUGCCGACGAAGCGUGACUUCAGGGUAAGCCCAGGCCAAAACAACAAACAAAAGGAACUGCACUUAAACCCGACCCGCUAACUAAACCCUGAUCAUGUAAAAGGAACAAAGAAAAGACAGCUUCUAGCCUAACUUCCUACUCUAUACAAAACAGGAGAAAACGGGUUGAACAGAAAUGGCGACUUACCCUUACUUGCUUCAGUGCUCUUAUUUACAGUGGUGAACAAAAACGAUCCAAUAACGAAUAAACACAAAAGAUCUCACCGAAAAAGCGGGAGUGUAUCAGACUAGCGAUCAAAUGCAAACGAGCGUGAAUGGCGAGCAAAUAGCUGGUGAGGAGGACCGCGGCAGAAUGCUGUCAAAUGCGACCUCCUAGAGUGUUGACAGCGGCAGGUUUAUGAAGCUUGGCGCCUUUUUCUUGGCCAAUCAGCGGCGGCGACGUCAUCGGUCCGUCCUGCGUCGAUCAGCUGUCGUCACAGUGGGAGGGGAAGCAGCCAGCUGGUGGAGGCCACGGUCAGCUGACUGGAAGAACCUCAGAAAAUUAACUAUUAAACGGCCAGGGGCCGUCACAAAUGGUUAAUGCAGUUAUUGCAAGUUUGUUGUUUUAUCACAAUAGAUUGGUUUAUUUACAUUCAUUUACGAAUGUGAUUGCACUUUAGUUUACAAAUUUAAAUGUUCAGAUAUUAAGAUUUGAAUGAGGCAAAAUAACAUGCUUUUUCUCUCAAAUAUAUUGUUAUAAUCAUUUGUUUCAGAUGUAUAUAUGUUGUAGAUAUAUUUAAGAUUUAGAUUUAGGAUAACCAUUUAAGAUAUAUAUUAAUGAUUUACAUUUAUGAUUUAGAUUUGAGAUUAAGAGUUAGAUUUAAAAUUUAGAUUCAAGAUAUUUAAAUUAAAGAUACACGAUAAUAUCGGCUACCGAUAAUUAUCGGCCGAUAAUGGCAAUUAUGACGUCACACAGAUAAUACAGAUAAUAAAAAAAUCAACCGAUAAUGCAAUCCGAUAAUUAUAUACUUGAUUUAGCCUCCAAAUGUGCGCAACCAAGCAGUUUUCUCCACUUCUUCACUGCCGCCUGCUCAACCCCUCCCCUCUCUGAAGCCCCUGUGGGAGGAGGGGUUUAGGAGUACGGCGUCAUAGAUGAGGCGGUGUUACACAUCAGUGUUCACACUGUUGAGGCGCUCUCACUAGCGUGCGUUGCUUUUCCCGUGUGUGAAAUGAAAUAAACGAUGCUCUCGCCAUCUACAAAACAGUUCCUCAAGGCCUAAAGAAAGCGUCCUCAUUGAACACCACUAGCACUAACCCAGCAGCCAUUUAAAACUGCAUCACAAUGAUUUUGGGAACGAAUAUGAGGCUGCUGCUAGCAUGAAUGCUAAAGCUAUUGUUAACAAAUAAACUAUAAAGGAAGCUACGGGGCUUGUGACGAUACAGAGACGCUGCGGUCCUCCCGGAGUCGGGGGGUUUGGGAAUGCAGCCCAAAGCGAGUGGUAAACUCCCAUCUAUGGCUAAACACCUCACGAGAUCGAUAGUUGACAAGUAGCUGUCUUCCGACGGAGCCCGCCGGUCCGGCAGGCCGCUGCCGCCUCGCCCUAGGCGGGUAGAGGAUGAGAGCAGAGCCAUGCACCGAAUGCGCCGCAGCGAGCUGGCCGGGGCGGGCGGAUAUCCGGUACGAACUUAGCUGCCGCCGCCACUCCGGUUCAAGACAGAGGCCUGGUGCGGGUGCUAAUUUGGCAGCCGGGCGGACUGAAGGGCACAGGCGGGAGGAAAUUCCCGAAAUGACCCGAUAGCCAAAUCCCUGGAUGAAAAAAUAAUGCAGUUUAUACGACCACGAUUCUUCGUGAAAGACAUGCCGAUCACAUCAGUUUUACCACGGACAUUUACACAGGUGAUGUCAACAAACCAUGUUUAUCAUGACGGCACAGUGGUUAGUUCAUAAUUGUAACAUGCACCAAACGACACAAAGAAGUCAUCCAGUCAGUAAUGCAUUCAGUACGCUUUAAAUUUAUGACGUCUUAAUCAGAUCAUUCUUCUUAAAUCUAGUCAAAUAAUUUUCUCCAUCUUGUUUGAGUGUUGAAGACUAGUUGAAUGCGCCAGAUUAUUCCACUUACUUGAACUAAAUAUUGCAAUUUGUUCUUAUUAAGCCCAAACAUCUAAAAAAAUAAGGUCAUUUUCACCUAAAUCAAGAAAAAAUUGCUUUCAAAUAAUGUUUUGAACCAUUGAACAUUUCUGACAAGUUUUUUUUUUUUUUAGGAUUAUGUAUAAUAAUUUAUUGCUUAAAAUAAGGCUGUUAAUCUUAUUUUCAGCUGGCCAUUUUACUUCAAGAAAUCUGAGUGAAAUAUACUUGAAGUGCUGGCAGUUAAUUUAACUUAUUUCCAAUAGAUUUACACUGGAAACAAGGGACUUUAACUAGUCUUAAGGAGCUGUGUUUUUGCUGUGUAGUAAUGUUAUACUUUAGGAAUGGCAUACUUUUAAAGCCAUUUUUGUGCAACUUAUGUAUUUACUCUGUAAGUAAUUGUUGCCAUUACACAAUGUCAGACAAUCUGUCUUUAUUUAGAUGUUGGAAUUUACUACUACUACUACUUGUUCACAUUUGAUGUUGAAAAAAAAAGAGCAAUAUUAUUUUUGCACAGCAAUAUUUUCUCUUGUGUAUACUUUAAAAUUUUACAUAAAUCUUUAAUAAAAUUAUCGGCUUGACAUCGGUUAUCGGUUGGAACGAGGAGGAAAUUAUCGGUAGCAGCUGAAAAAUGCAUUAUCGUGCAUCACUAAUUUAAAUAUAUAUGUAAGAUUUAUAUUUAAGAUUUAAAUUAAAUAUUUAGUUCUGGAUUCAAGCACUUAAGUCUAAUACUUACUAUUUAAAAAUAAACAUUUAAGUUGCUAAAUAAUGUUGUAAAUGUGCUAAAAAAAAAAAAAAAGGGGACUCUAAAAUUUUCACAGCACAUUUUAAACACUGUGUGGCAUUAAAUGUGAGAAAAUGUCAAUUUCAGCAUGUGCUACUUUAUAAACAGCGCCCCAUAGUUUGCAACGCCUAUGUGCAUUGGUAC